AACCCUGUGCAUUUGAGAAUUUUCCGUCGAAUAUGUUCAGACCUCACAUUUAUAGAUAUAAUAAUGGUACCUAGUAAAAUAAACUGUGGGAAGAAAAUAUUUACGCUUGAAGUAAAACACUAAUAAUCGUUUACAUUUUUAGUGGGGAAGUGUCGAGCAAGGCGUGUGGAGAAAAACUGGUGAUUUUCAGUGGAAAUGAAGGCAGAAAAAGCAUUUAAUUACGAAAGUAACCGGGCUUAUAUAAGUUGUUUAUGUGAGAAGAUCAGAUUUGAAUAUGGCGGCAAUAUUUGACGUUUUAAUGUUUUGAACAGUUGGUAUCAACGCGUGUGGACAGUUUGGCAUUUUGUGAUGAGAGAUUUUUACUAAAGUUUUUAUUAUGUUCGUAAUAGUAAUAGUAAGUGCGAAAAGUGCUAUUUUAGUGCAGUACUUAUGGAAGCGGUACUUACAUGAGACGACUUACAAGCGAGAUGAUUAAAGAAAAGCACGAAAAAGGCUCUGAUAGCGUGAAAGAAGACCCUGUAAGCGCCAAUAAGGAGCCAACCAACACAGAAGUACAAAUAAAAAAGGAAGACGAUGUGGCGACUAAGAAAGAGCCCUCCACAGGGCCUAUUACGAAGAAUGGCGGUCUUGUGGGUUCCACUAACACAGGCUCUCUACAAACAACUCCUGAUCUCAAAACAGAAGCCCCUAGUGAAGACCCUGUCACUGCAGCAGUGUCAGAGGCUACAUCGCUGCCUCUUAAACAAGAAGAUAAUAUAGUAGACAAUGACCCCUUAGGUGAUCCAUUUGGUUUAGGAUUAGGCCCUCCUGUACCAACAUCUGGUAAUACAGGACAUGCACCUCAAACACAACCAGAAAGUAUACAGCCAUUAGGAAGUAAUGUGAUAAAUAAACAAUCUAGUUCCAUGGAAGUGCAGUAUAUGCAGCAGCAGAGUCAAAUUUUCGUGUUUUCCACUGGGCUAGCUAAUUCAGGGGCUGACGAAGUUUUACAUGGUCGAUAUCCUUCCAUUAUAGCCUACCAUUGUGCCCAACCUGGUACUAAAAAGUACCUAGAAAAGAACCCUUUAAAAGUGACCCAGUUUAAUAGACAGCAUCCAGUGCAGUGGUUAAAUAACAUUCACGUCAUGAAGAACAAAAAUUGUACAAGAAGUCCUGGAUUGGGCUCGAAACCUCCUCCUAGUAUAGAUAAUUUCCUAGGCCCCGAAGGACUGGAAGACAUGGUUGGACUUGGUGAUAGUGAUGCGCCGUGGGACCAGAAAACCAACCAUCAACUGGACAGUUUAGAAGGUGCAGUGACGAAUGGUUUGCCUGAUAUGGGGCCAGACAUGGAUUCUUGCAGUCCGUCAUUAUUAAAUGUUCAGCCUAAAUUGCAAGGCGUUCAAGUGCCUGAUGAAAAUCUAACCCCUCAGCAGAGACAACAUCGGGAAGAACGUUUAGCGAGCAUUCGCAAAAUGCAUCAGAUGUUGUUUCCUGAAAGUCAGAAUGAUUCUGCAGCGGGCCCCCCCGAAGGGCUGCCGGGCAUGUCACCAGGGGGAGCCGCGCCGUUAGGACCGGCCGGGCCAGGGGUUCCCGCCCCGGGUCAACCACCGGUCACUGCCCAAUUGGAAUGGCAAAAGUUGCAAAAUCAAUUCUACGACGAUCGAACAAAAAUUAAGACUCAGCCCCAACAGGGAAGCAAUCCUAGCUGUAGUAAUCCCAUAGUUCCUGUUGGGCCUGUGAGCGGCAAUGGCCCACAAUCAACCAAUGCGCAAAAUUCUCGAACUGGUCCAGCUCUAGGGCAGCGUCUCCAAGGUCCCCCACCACCAUAUCAUCAAACCCAACGUUCUGCAAGUGUUCCUAUCGCCCUACAAAGUCCCAAUCCCACAUCACCCAAUAAUCCGACUUCAAAUCUAUCGCUGCCUUCUCCAAGGGCUUCAUCAGCUCUAAAUUCCCCCGCCGAUCCAAAUCGACCUUUUGGAACUAUCACACGGCAUAUGAGCACUGGACAAAGCCCCACUUCGCAAGACUCACCUUCUGCUCCACGUUUAAAUCACAGCAAUCCUAGCACGCCUCUUUCAUCUCAUUUAUCUCCAAGCGUUACAAGCAGUAGUACGGAACCUUCAUCGACCCAUCAAUCUACAGUGGAUGGGAUGUUCGGAAGAACACUUCAAUCUAUGGCACAACAAAAACAGCAAAUGAGCACAUCGACGACAUCAUCCUGUUCAACGCUUUCUGCAUCAGCGGCAGGAAAAGAACCCAAUUUAAUGCCAGUACCAUCCCCCCAGCAAAUCCAGUAUCUUAACACCUUUGAAGGUCAAGAAUUGAUCAUUCAAAAGCAACCGAACACUAGUUUGAAGGAUGGCAACAUUAUAUCUCCCCCCGUACUCCCUUCGGGGUUAGACAGUAAUUUUGCUACCAAUACACCAGAUCUUCCACACACGCGCGUAUCAGGUCCCAAUACACCCACAUCAAUGGAUACACGAUAUCCGCCCACCCCGGGCGUUCCUUCUGAAGGCUGUCGAUUUCCAAUUUCGUCCCCACAUACUCCAACAGCUACAUCCUGCGGUGAUAAAUCAGUGCAGAGAAUGUCUGGAGCUACGACUGUGACACCUGGAAUGAGUCCCCAAACCGUUCCAGGGCCGAAUUCUGAUCCAUUGAAAAAUGAUCUUUUCCCAACGCCGAGUCCACAUAUGAUGGACAUGCCGCGAUUUUCUGGACCAAAUGCAUCCCCUGGAUCUCAAGCGAAGAUGAGUUCUUGUUUCGCUGUUUCGCCUCAAGGUAAACCCAGCCCGCUGGACUUACCUGGUUAUAAUUGUGGUGGAGGAAGAAAUGAAAAUAUUCCAUUGAAUCCUAACUGUACAAGUUCAAUGGUUAAUCAGAAACAGACACAUUUUGAUCCUAUAUCAUCACUAGCACAAAUGAGUCAGCAAUUGACAAAUAGUGUGGCCAGUAGUCUCAAUGGACAGCCAGGUCAGGGGCCGCCUAUGAUGACUUUUGGCUCUCCAUCAAUGCAUAUGAUGGAUAUGGGCAGCUGUCAUGGAGGAAUGGGUGACAUGGAACCAGGUAGUCUGAUGGGAAUGAAUCCUAUGCAAGGACCACCACAUGGAUUUCAUCCAGGGUCGCCAAUGGGUCACAUGAGGUCCCACUCUCCAAAGCUGCCUGGUGCCUUUCCGAAUCAUAUGCCUAUGCAACGGAUGAUGGGACGCGCGCCAGGACCUGGCCCCAGUCCGUUCAACGGCGCAAACGUCCAAGUCAAACCCAACGCUCCCAACACUAUACAGUACCUGCCUGCUAAAGGACAAGGUGGCAACGCACCCCCAGGCCCGCGAGGACCGCCUAGUUUAGACUUCCUUACAAGAUUAGCUUCACCCAUCAGCAUGAUGGACACCUCCAAAAUGCAACCAGGGCAAUUUUUUCAAAAUUGUGGACCGGGUGGAGGUCCGGGACCUAUGCAAGGCAACCCCAUGCACAUGGGCCACAUGGAUGGCGGUCCCGGAAUGGGACAAGAGCCUCCAAUGAUGGGUCCAAUGGGCGGCCACAUGGGUAAUGGCACAGGAAGCCCCAUGAUGGGAGGACCUGGAGGAAUGGGCAUGGGACCUGGAGGCCCUGGACCGGGAAUGAUGCCAAUGAUGCGUGGGGGUCCAGGCGGUAUGCGACCCAUGAUGCGAGUGCCUCAAAUGGGGUUUGGUCCUGGAGGUGAUGGCAUGUUUCCUGGUGCAUCAGGACCACCAAUGGGUCCUGGUCCAGGAAACCAGCAAAUGUUUGUAGCUGGGCCUAAAGGAAGCCCAAUGGGAAUGGCUCCGGAUGCCUCCCAGCCACUACCACCAUCGAUGGGACAAGGCGGAGCUUUUAAAGGCGCUCCAUUUGUGGGGCCUAUCACUUCAGAUCCGAACUAUGCGCAGCAAUACCACAAUUUCCAACAACAAUUGUAUGCGACCAAUACCCGCAGCCAAAUGGGAGGCGUUGCACAAAACAUGGGUCCUGGUCCAGGACCUCCACACAUGCAACAUUUGCCAUAAACUAGAGAGAGUAGGACAUUUUUAUUUUUAAGUGUUGGACUACUGGCUUGGUCCUUUUUAUGACGGAGGUUCCACUAUUGCUCAUUAAUUUGUUUCUAUCCAUCUGUUAUUCGUUUUAUUGUACAUUUUAUGAGUAAGCAUUAAUUAAAAUAACAAUAAAAUUCUAUAUUAUA